ACUCUUCCCUUCAGAGUAAAAGAAUGCAGACGAUAAAAUGUGUGGUUGUUGGCGAUGGUGCUGUGGGAAAGACCUGCCUGCUUAUCAGCUACACCACCAAUGCAUUCCCUGAGGAAUAUAUCCCCACGGUGUUUGACAACUACAGUGCUCAGAUGACUGUUGAUGGCAGGAUGGUUAGCCUGAAUCUCUGGGACACAGCAGGCCAGGAGGAAUAUGACCGCCUGCGGACCCUUUCCUACCCUCAGACCAACGUCUUCGUCAUCUGCUUUUCUAUUGGAAGCCCCUCCUCGUAUGCAAAUGUGCGGCACAAAUGGCACCCCGAGGUGUCUCACCACUGCCCAAAUGUACCAAUCCUUCUCGUCGGCACCAAGAAGGACUUGAGAAACAACACGGAGGCAGUGAAAAAGCUGAAGGAGCAGAGCCUGGCCCCUACCACCCCCCAGCAGGGGGCGUCGCUGGCCAAACAGAUCGGAGCAGUCAAAUACUUGGAAUGCUCGGCGCUCAACCAGGAGGGGGUGAGAGAAGUCUUUGCCGAAGCUGUGCGCGCUGUUUUAUAUCCUGUGACCAAGAAGAACUCCAAGAAGUGCCUUCUAUUGUAGUCGCCAAGGAAUGCAGAGCAAAAAAGACCGAGGGCUUGGGAUGUUUUGCAGGUCGCCUUCUUAAUCUAAUUGCAUCUUGCACUAAUGGCUCUAA